AUGGAUUGUGUGUCCACAAUAAAGUAUGAAUGUAGUAUUGCAAAAUUGGCCAUUAGCCACUACAACAUGGGCAUGAUGUUUGAACUCUCCAAGGAUAUGCCUAGAAACAUGGAUUUUGGAUUGGUGAUUUAUGUUAAACCUAAAAAGGGUCUUAAAUACAUCAAAUUUAUGGAUACAAAGGUCAAUAUAUGUAUUCUAUUGGAGCAUGGUAUGUCCGUACCCAUGUUAAACUAUCUCAUGGAGAGAGUUACUAGAAAUAGUAAUGUCCCAAUAUCGUGUCCCAUACGAGGGAAUUCCAUUUAUAAUAUAACAAAUGUGGAAAUUGCUUCGGAUUUCUUUCCAUCUUAUACACCAAUCAUUGAGUUUAAUUUUUCGUUAAAUUUAUUCGACAAUAAAAAACGAUAUGCCACUUACAUCAUUGAGGGAGAAACAAAACGAAAAUCAUAA